AUGCCGCGCGCGUCGACGUCGCUCGUGGACGUCGAUGGAAGCUCGAUGGAGGAUUCGGAGAGCGAGAUGGGGGGUGGUGAUGGUGUCUGUGUGCGGUGUGACCGGGCCAAGGUGGCGCGCGCGGUCGGGGCGGCGACGGAAGGGAUCGACGGCGGCGCGGGCGACGCGGACGUCUACGCCUUCGCGGCGGAGACGAGCGCGGAUGGCGAUGGGAUGGAGAUCGACCUCGCGCGGCGCGGUCGAGAGCAGAGGAGUGGUGUGAGUGAUCGCUCGAGUGGGGAGUCUCCGGGUGAGAAGGCGAGACACGAGAUGGGGUCGACGAGCGGGACGAAGAGGGUGGAGCGCGCGGGCGAUCCGAGCGCGCCGGAGGGAUCCAUGGAGGAACCGUACGCGAGAUUCGAGGAUCUGUUCGGCGCCAAUGAAUUAUUCUUGAAGUCUUCGAGUCGUGCUCGAGCGGCGCAGGUGGAUAUGUACGUUCAUGAUUACUUGGAGAGGAAGGUGUACGGGUACGCGCACGUGAAGAUUCGACGCAAGCUGGCGAACGGUCGAGGCGUUCGAGCACGCAGGGAGGUCACGAUGGAGCGACGCACCGUGGGCGUUGGGCGACCGGAAGAUGCCUUGGAAUUCGGUCUCGGUGAGAAUCCCGCGUGCGCGGUGCGACAUCCGCCUGUGCAGUCUUUGCCGACGACGAUUUCGAUGGCGCGAGGGGAGAAGGCGAGCGAGGUCAAGCUUCCAGCGACGUACGCGUCGAGACGUGAAGGUCCGCCCAAGACGACGGUGAUCGCGCGGCCGCCGACACUCGCGCUGGCGACGCCAAAGGCGCCGGCCGCUGGUCCGACGAAGAUGCGUAAAAGCGCCAUCGCGACGAAGAAGGAGGCGACAUCGAAGAAGGGUUCGGCGGUGGAUCUCGAGCGCGUCGCGCAGACGCAAGCCAAACCGAUGUCUGUGGCGCAGGUGGCGACACGGGCGGCGCAAACGAGGCAAUCCCCGAUGUCACCCGAACAGAGAGUCGUGAUCGCGGCGCGUGACAAGACGCCGCAACCGAUGCCUGAUUUGCCAGUCGGCACAAUCUUUGACGGAGACUUUGUGACGGACGCCGACGCCGACAUGGCGUUUUGGAGCAUGAUCAACAAUAUGGAACAUCAGUCACCGAUGCGUUUCACGAGAGGUGAGCGCGAAGGGACGGAGAGCCCGUCUCGUGGAAGUGAUAAAACGGCUUCGCCCAAGUCUACGGCACAAAUAUCCGCGGUGGAGAGGCGCGUUCGAGCGCUCGAGGCAAAGUUGGCAAGUGGCGAGUUCCGCGCUGCGCACGAGCUUCAUCCUUCCGCGACCAAGGGUCAUUCAUCGGAGGACGACGCCAGCGCCGAGCGCUCGCCGGCACUCCCACCACUCGAAAAGCCAGCGGCCAAGCCAUCACCAACGAUCGACGACACCGCUCGCGCGAGUGCAGAGAACAAACCGCUCUCUAGCGAUGGCGAUAAGCUGCGGCAAGCGACGAGCGCCCCGUCGAAGGUGAACGUCGUCGACGAGGUGCACUCUCUGAAGGUAAUUAUCGCAGAUCUUCAACGGCGUCAAGAUUCUUUCGAAGUCGAGCGCCGUAGAUACCAAGAGCAGCUGCUGGACAUGGCGAACCUGCACAAGGAACGAAUCGCGUCUCUUGAGAGCACGAUCGACGCCUACGAGACGAAGUUCAAGGCCUCGGCCGGGACUUCGCCGCGCACCCCGGCGUACGAAUCUGAGCACAAUUGGCAGGCGCACCAGCCCGCGCGAUUCUCUGGGGGGCGUCAAGGCGCCAUACCGAGACACCACAACACAGCUGGACCUUCACGCUACCCGAACGAAAUGCGAGACUCAUUCCACCCACGGGCGCCCUUCUCCGAUCCACGCGAUUUCAUGGAUCGAGAGGUGCGUCAUCUCGAACGAACUCUCGCUCGAAAGAACAAAAUCAUCGCUUCAUUAGCGGGUCAGCUCGGUUCAACCAAUUACGAUCGAUGGGAUUACAUCUGA